AUGAAAUAAAUGAGAGAGAAUUUCCAUAUAAAAAUAAGAGCUGAAUAAAGAUAGAAAGAAUUUGCUAAAAGAAGAAUUAUAAAAUUAUAAGCCACGCCUUAAUACUUUAGAUAAGCAGUUUUAGAAAAUCCAAUUAGUGAAUUGCUCAAAGAAAUAGAUUAACCAGAUUAUUUGUAGUUCAUCUCUUUUUUAAGUUCUGUAGAUGACUAUUAAUGCAACCUAUACCUUGUUGAAUAAGGUGUAUUAACUAUUGCAUUUGAUAAAACAAUUAAACUUUUGUAUAAUUAUAAAUAGACUUCAACUUAAGAAGCGAACUUAAAUUAUGUAACUAAAAUUUUAGUAAAAAAUUUAGUUACUUUCCAUUAUAGGAAAUUUAAUUGAUUUCAAUAAUCGUUCUAAUGAUGAUAUUAGAUAAAUCUUAUAAAGAGCUAUCGAAAUCAGCGAUUUUUCCAUGUCUGAAUUUAAACUUACACUUAUUUGGAUGAUUGAUGAAUUCCUCAAAAAAGAAAAAUUUAAGGAAGAGUUUUUAUCUUGUGUAACAAACUUUUUAUUCAACAAUUUAAGUAGAAGAGAUCUAGCUUCUGCUAUCUUUGAUACUAUUUUAAAUUUAUAAUCCAGUUAAGCAGUAAGUUUAUCAAAGGAACACUUAAAUGAAUUAAUUAAGCAUAUAGGAGAUAAUGAUAGUUAAAUAGUUCAAAAGAGUCUAUUCAUUUUAGUUAAUUAUUUAGAGAUAGCUCCUGACACCGAUUUAGACGAAGAUUUUAUAAUAUUAUUGAAUGAAAUCUUUAAAAAUAAGGAUUAUUUAGCAUUAUUAAGGCUUUGUAAUAUAUUAUAUCCUAGAAUCUAACUUGAACCUAAGUUAAUACUACAGCGCAUGGAGAUGUGUGCCUUUGGACUUAAAUUAUAGGAAUAUUUCAGUUUAAUUAAUAAGUUGAUUUAAGAUGAAAUACUAUCUUCAGCUGAAUACUUGAAAUCUUUAGAUAGUAUAGAUAUGGAGAAUUAAUGUGAAAAUAACAAAACUAUGAUUUUAUAAUAAAAAACUUAA